AUGUGUUGCAACCAUUCUUUCGAAGAACAGGGCGAAAUCAAAUGUCAUCGACUCUCGUCUCGUACCUCUUGCAAUCGGUUGUUGCGCAGCUGGGUAAUAAGUCACCGUGUCGUGGCCGUUCAUCACCUUGGUGUCCAAGAUUUCGUCGACGCAACCCAUACUUCACAUUCCUCGGUGGCGUUGCGACUCGUGGCAUUCCGAUCCGAACCUGAGCCGGUAUUCUUCCGUCUGUCGGAAGCAACGAAAAACUGGAAAAAACCGAUGGCGGAGCGAACGGCUGUCACGACUGCCGGCGAUGACCGAACGUUGCGACUGAUGGAUGGACGUACGUACGUAAGGAAGGGCGAUCGCUGCCGCGGCCAAACCGGUCUUGCACUGUUUUGUCUUCGUCGUCGCCUCGCGACGUCACUCACCGACGGAAGGAGGCAGGCAGACAGGCUGCGUGAAACUCACGCCGAUGUCUAUCCGCCCCUCCAGUUCAAUCAACCAGCGAAUCCCAGCUGCCAGCUUUUCGCCAUCGACGCGAGCUUAUUUGUGUCAAUAACUGACGUCGACGUCGUGGCUCUGUGUACGAUCCUCCUCGUCUAUCGAGUGCUCGACUACUGUGAUUUGUCGCUGACGUCUACUCGUAGUACGGACCUGUACGCACUGAUCACUGUACAAAAUGUUCAUAGCUCAGAUUAUCAGGGAACGAAGAAAAUGCGUAUUCGACGAAAGUCGUUUUCGUCCGGUAUCGUGUCGCCGGUCGGUGCGAUUUCCCUCGACCUGAACCGCCUUAAUGUCAAUGAUGACGGCGCACGUGACGCGGCGGCGACAUCAGGAGAAGACUUUUCUACUGGCUGCCUUAUGGAUUCGUCCUCAUCUUCCUAUUUUCCUGUUGUAAGGCUUAGUAUCUGGCAGGACAUGUUGCGGUCGUUUUCCAGCUAUUUUCACGGCGAAGUUCUGAUCCCGCUGACCAAAGAGAUCAUGAACUCGCAUCGACACGUAGCCUGGUACUACCUGAAACCGAGGAACUCUCAGACCGAAAGCGAUUUUUUGGACGAGACCAGUAAACAGUCGGAGCCGGUGCAUCAGUCCAAGCAGGGCGAAGAGUACGGCUCUUUGCGUCUCAGAAUCGCCUACUCAGUGGACCACAUUUUGCGCGGUCAGUUUUACAACGAACUUUGGUCACUGUUGCUGGAUUCGUUCAAAGUUGAGCCGUUCCGCUGCAGCGCCGUCGAAGUGUUUCCUCAUUUGCCGAAAGCCGAGGACGUCAACACAUUGUUUCGGAGCAGCAGCUUUACGACGAGGUGUGUGUUUGAACUGAUGAAGUUAGUCGGCCAGCAGUACCUCAUCGGAACAUUGAAGCCUUGCAUAGACAAAAUUGCUUGCACUUUCAAGAUAUUCGUGGAAAAUAAGCCGUGCGAAGUUGAUCCCGAAAAAAUUGCCGAAGGCCAAAGUCUCGAAGAAAACACGCGAAACCUCAUCAUAUACGCCGAAAUGACGCUGUCGAGGAUCGUCGAUUCCAAUCACAGGUGUCCACAACUACUUAAAGAGGUGUUCAAGAUUCUGCGCGAAACCACUGCAAAGUUUUUCCCAAGUGAGACGUUGCUUCGCUGUUGAAU